UUAUAACACGUGUUAUAAAAAUAGUUAAAAUUGGCGGCUAAAAAACAGGCAAGUUCAAAACGGUGACUUAAAAAAAAAUUAGCAGCCGUGUAAAUACGUACCGAGUGCUCUCAAGUGCGCAGUCCUCAGCAGCAGCUUGAGCUAGCUAGCUGAUUGAUGUGUGACGUUGAUAAUAUAUUUUAUAACUAUACAACAUAACAAUCUAACAAAAAUUCAUUCGAUGUAAUCGUAACACUCGGUAUCAUUUUGCGCAUCAUCGUCAUGUGGGUUAUGUGUACGUGUAUGAUCGAGUAAAAUUAGUACACAGCUGGUUUGUUAAUUCAAAAAAAUAUUUAAGGAAAAGCUUUAAUUAAAAGUGCUAUUUAUAUUACGUAUAUUAUAUCUUUAUCUAAAUAGGAAAAAAUAGAGAAGCAGAAUGGCAUCGACGACGAUUGCCGUGCCAGCUGCGAGCGCCCCGGUUGUCGUGACGACGAUGCAUAAAGAAGAAGAAGGAGAUCCCCUGGUCGAGUGGAACAGCGACGCUGCAGGCAGCGACGGAACUGUCGGGAACACCGGUGACGGGGAAGCUCUGGAGGAAAACCCGAGGGCCAAUGGAAUAAACGGGAACGGCAGCGGUGGCGAGGAUUGUGCUCUGUGCGAGGGCAAGCUGACCAGUCCCAGACUGCUCUCGUGUCUCCACGUCUUCUGCGAGGCUUGUCUGGACAAGCUGCUCGAAGAGGACGAAAACAAGAGCUCUGGGAUCAACUGUCCGAUUUGUGGACAGAGGACAGCUGUAGGUGCUCGAGGAGCUGCCUCUUUGCCCUGCGACUAUGUUCUCACUAAUAUUUUGGACAUGUCGGCGAUUGAAAAUAUGACAGUUCUAUGCACCUCUUGCAAGGCCAAAGAAAGUGCCGUGGCACGCUGCUCUGAUUGUGCCAAUUUCUUGUGUCCCAAUUGUAACACUGCUCAUCAAUUUAUGAGAUGUUUCGAGAGCCACAAAGUUAUCGCCUUUGAGGAUCUCAAAAGAUCUAAUAAGACUGUUCCAAUUCAUAAACCUAUUUUUUGUGAUCUUCAUCCUGCUGAGAAUAUCAAGUUUUAUUGUUACACGUGUCAAGAGCCUAUUUGCAACGAGUGUCUACUGGUCGAGCACAAAACACCCGAGCAUCAGUACGAAAGACUCAGCGACGCGGAGACUAGCCAGAUAGAAGAGCUUGUAAAUUUGAUGACUGAGAGUAAAAAUAAAAUAAUUGAAUGUGACAAUACUUCUUCACACCUUGAAAAUGCUUUAAGUGAACUUCAGGCCCAGCAUGAUCAGGCCAAAGACCUUAUUAUUGAAACGUUUCAAAGUUACAAAGCUAUUUUAGAAAAAUGCCGCGAUACUGCUUUAAAUGAUCUCGAGAAAUUACAUUCCGAGCGUGAGCUUGAAGUCAUGGACACUUUCCACAACGUCGAGAAGAGCGCAGAAAAAAUAGAAGACGCAUGCCGGUUUACAGCAAGACUUCUCGAGCACGGAGACUCUACUGAAAUUUUAGCUCUGAAGCGAACAGUAGCCACUCAGUUGAUGAAUUUAAUAAACAACACACCCAAGUCAAACAUUAAAUAUUCAAUCGAGUUCCAAACUGACUUUGAUCACUUUGAGAAAGUCGCCAAGGAGUCUUUUGGUAAAUUUAAAACUGAGAGUACGCCUCCGAAACCUUCACCGGAAAUGAUCACUUCAAUGGCGACUGCUCAGCAACAACAGCAACAACAAGCAGCUCAACAGCAGCAACAACAACAGCUGGUCUCUAUUCCUUGUCCCAAUUCUAUAAGCACCAACUCGUCGAUAUCUUUGCCCACUUCAAUGCAAUCUUCCUUCGAAGGUGAUACUUCUUUCAUCAUUCCUCCACCCACAUCAAGUCCUCAAAAUGUACCGGCACCUCCACCAGCCGUUUCUCUUCCUCCAGGUCCUUCCAUGCACGGAUUUACAAGCAUCCAAGAGUAUAAUCUUCAGCAGCUAGCAAGUUUAGCUGAAAAAGUAGAUCUCAAUGAUACGAGUGUGGUUGCGCCAAGCGCGAAUCCAAGUCCGAUUCCGUCCUUUACGCUGGCCGAUUUACUCGCUGGCGAGUUUCCUGUUAAUUCCACCAGCCAUGCAAUCAAUAACUUGCAGGCUUUGGCUAAGCUCGAAGCUCUUAGAAGUAAUUCUAUGGCUAAUCAAGAUUUAGGAAAUCCGACGCUCAACGGCGGGGGAGGUCUUGUUUUAGGUCGCGUUCAAUCACCAGUGAUGAAUGAAUCUCAAAGUCUUGGAUCAUUAAGCGCAAAUACUCUUCUUAACAGCGGCUAUCAGUCUUUAUCCAACUCAACCUCGCCCAUUUUGUCCCAAGGACCUGAUGACCUUAAAAGUGAAUCGAUGCACAACAUGUCAGGGGUGGAUAACAGUGUCACUGGUAGCGGCGCUGGGAGUUACAAUAAUCAUUCACGAGCCACUAACUCAAAGCAAACCCCAAUGCAAAUUCGAUCCAAAUUCGGUCAAUUGGGUCCUAGUAAAGGACAAUUCAAUUCGCCGCAUGGUUUUUGUCUUGGUACUGAUGAAGAUAUUAUUGUUGCUGAUACAAAUAAUCACAGAAUUCAGAUAUUCGACAAAACGGGUCAAUUUAAAUCUCAGUUCGGUAUCCCUGGCAAAGAAGAAGGACAACUAUGGUACCCAAGAAAAGUAGCAGUGAUGCGUAAUUGCGGUAAAUUCGUGGUCUGCGAUCGCGGUAACGAACGAUCCAGAAUGCAGAUAUUCACUAAGAACGGACAUUUUAUUAAAAAAAUUGCUAUUCGGUACAUCGAUAUUGUGGCGGGUCUUGCUGUCACAAGUCAAGGGCACAUAGUUGCUGUCGACAGUGUGUCACCUACUGUGUUCGUUAUAAGCGAUACGGGGAAUCUUUUGAGCUGGUUUGACUGCAGUGAUUACAUGAGAGAACCUAGCGAUAUCGCUAUAAGUGGUAAAGAAUUCUUCGUUUGCGAUUUCAAAGGACACUGUGUCGUAGUAUUCAACGAGGAUGGCCAGUUCUUGCGUCGCAUUGGCUGUGAGAAUAUAACAAAUUUCCCGAAUGGGAUUGACAUCAGCGACGCUGGAGAUGUCCUCAUUGGUGAUUCCCAUGGCAAUCGUUUUCAUGUCGCCGUAUUUUCUCGAGACGGUUCUCUAAUUUCCGAGUUUGAGUGCCCUUAUGUAAAGGUAUCAAGAUGUUGCGGCCUUAAAAUAACUUCCGAAGGUUACAUAGUAACGUUGGCCAAAAAUAAUCACCACGUCCUCGUGUUAAACACACUCUACAUAUUAUGAGGUGGAACAAAGCUACGUCCUCCUGUUAAACAGCCUCUAUUUAUUGUGAGGUGUGAGACCAGUACCAACAACAAUAAUAACAAUAACAAGAUCCAAGUCAACAAUAACAUCAACAAUAAUAACAUCGCAGCUUCCUCCAAUUAGCAGUACUCCUAUUGGGACUGCAGUACUCUCAACGAAAGGUAAACAACAGUAAUGACCUGGGCUUAUUGCCAGUUGAUAUUUGUCUGGCCUAUCCAAGCAAUAGUUUAUUUUAAAAAAUAUGUGUGUUAAAUAUCAUGAGAAAUUCAAUAAUGCGGCUUUAAUAGUUUUUAAAAAUAUGCGUCCCUAUUUUUAUGAAAGUAAACAACAGUAAUGAGAAUGAGGUUUUACGGUUUAAAUUAUAAACGUUUAAUCGUAUGCUGACAAAAUAGUUUUUAAUAAUAAAAAAAAAAAAAAGAGAGAGAGAAGGAGCGGAGGUGCGAGGUUUUAAUAGAUAUACAUUUUCGACCAAACACAGUAUAAAUAGGUUUAUUUAGAGAAUUGCAUUUGGUAAACUGCCAAAUAAUAAAAAAAAAAAAAAGUAAAAUAAAUACAGUGUACCGUAGGAGCAUCUGGCUGUAAGCAAAUCGUGAAUAAAUUAUGCCUAGGUGAAUUAUUAAUCGUAUCUAGGAAGUAUUAUUACGCGGUUUGCUUCUAUUAGCUGAGAAAGCAAUUUAACAAUGGCCUUUUUGUCAAAAAAUUGGUCGUUGAAAAUCAUUUUUUGACAUGUCAGUAUUUUAAGAAUUAUAAAUCACAAAUCAAAGUAAUUCUAGUCCUACUUUCGAGCACUAUUAUUUACUUUUAAAGACCACUGAGAGAUAAAGUCAACUAACAGCUAUUAAAUUUUUCCUUAUUAUAUUAUAUAUAUACAGCUCAUUUUAUCUCUCAUUGGUCCAUAUAUAUAUUAUAUAUAUUUUAAACAAAAUAUUAAUAUAUACUGUCUUAUCAGUUGUGCUCAAAUUUUUAACAAAAUGCUCGAAAUUAACCCUCUCCUCGUGUAAAUUAACCAUUAAAGAUAAACUUUUAAGGUUUAAAAAAAAUUACCUAUUUAUUUCUCGAUGAUUAUUAUUUAAU